AUGAAAGAUCUGGAGAAGUACACAAUGCCGGAUGGCAAGGAUCCCAACUAUGAGAUGGGCGACCCGUACAGCAAGCAGGAGGCGAUCCGGCCACUGGUGGCCCCCAACUGCUCCGAAUAUGCUGUGGCCCACUCCACAUACGCACUGCGGCCUGCUCGCCUCUUCUCGGAGGUGGUGAUGCUGCCUCACAUCCUGGAGACGAUGAGGAAACUGGGACUCAACCGCCUGCUGCGCCUACAGGCAUACACGUGGCCACACCUGGGCGCAGGAUCGGGGCACGGAGCGUUGAUAGUGAGUGCCCCGCGCAGUGGACGCACUUUUGCCUAUGUUCCCCCGGUUUGCGAGGCGGUUUGCAAAGUCCUGUCGAAGAGCCGGCGGCAAAGGAUGCUUCAUCCCGGCACUUGGCUAGCGCAUGAGCUGGGUGCAGUGGCCUUGAUCCUGGUGCCCGACUUGCCGCGCGUCCGCCAGGUGAGUGCCAUGUGCCAAGCCCUGCUGCGGAAGGCGCGCAGCGAGGACUCCGUCACUUUGACUUUAAACGUUCCCUCAGCGGAUUCUUCAGAGUUCCUACUCCGUCUUCUGAAUGGCGUGGGUUGCCUGGUGGCCACUCCCGCCCAGCUCACUUGGUUCUGGCGUGAGGCGCCGGGACUUCUGCGCUUUCCGCGCCUGCAAUUUCUGGUGUACGAUGAUGUGGACCUGAUGUCCGCCGAGCAGCUGCGAAAUGCGGAACAGGUGGUGCAGGAGAUCUUGCCCACCACCCAUAUUCCCCAGAUGGUGAUAGUGACGCGGUCCUAUAGCGAAGCUCUAAUGACCAAGAUGAGAAUGGCUAGCAGCCACCCGGCAGUUAUAUUCGGGGACAUUCUCGAGGCAGCCCUAUACGGUGGCACGCGCAUACGCAUUUCACUGGUUCGCUUGCAGGCCAAGGGCAACGAGGUGGUCCAGCAGCUCCAACAGCGACCUCCGCAGGAUUACCGCACUGUGAUCUACUGUAUGGAUGAUGCAGACAUGCGGCAACUGGUGAAGGUUCUGGAGGACCGUGGCUUCGGUUGCCUGCCCUACUAUCAGACUUCGGAUCUGGAGGUUUUCGAACAGGUUCACAGCUGGCUGGCGAACAGUUGCGGUGUGAUCCUCCUCUGCACGGACAACUGCCCGGAGCUGGUCAUUCGUAAUGCACAUACACUGAUUCAUCAUGGAAUGGGCGAUUCGUACAGCAAGUUCAAGAUGAGGCAUCUUACGCUCUCCGGCAAUUUAACCAACAGUCUGGCCACCACAGCAGGAGCAGCCAGUCAGGUGCCCCUGCUUUCUCUGGUGCUCCUGGACAAUAGCAACCAACGGCAGCUGCCUCGGCUGGUGGACUUCCUGCAGUUGCACCAGCAGGUGGAUCCCACCGUUGUGGCAGUGGCUCAGACAAUUCGAAGGGAUCUAGAGAGUAAGAUGAGCAACAAGUAUGCGCUUUGUGGCCAGAUCUUGCUAUUUGGCCAGUGUCGCGAGCCCCUUUGUGAGGAUCGACAUUAUGUGGCCGACAUGGACUGGCGUCCAAGUAAUGUUCCCGCCUUCGGUGAUGUGAAGGUUCAGCUGGUUCGGGUCUAUUCUCCCACACACUUUUGCGUUCGCCUCCAGGAGCACUUGCCGCCCAAGGGCACCUGGAAGACGCUGCCCUUCCUGGCGGUUCAAGAGAUGCGUCUGAAGCUAAUGCAGGAUAAGCAGCCCCAGCGCCACUGGCCACCAGUGGCAGGAGCGAUCUGCAUGCUCCAUUCCGCUCACAACAAAGAGCGUGUUCGGGUGCUCAAGGUAGCUUCCAUUCAGGACGUAAGUCUGGUAAGAUCAGACAUAUCGGUGGAAGUGCAGGCUCUUGAUGUUGACACUCGGGUUUUGAAAACGCAAUCCGGUCGCCUCUACGAGUGUUCCAAGGCAAUGCAGCAGGAGCCCCCGAUGUCCUACGAUCUGAGAUUGCUCGGAAUGGUGCCUCAGUCCGGCGAAACCAGCUGGGCCGAGGAGGAACGCAGCACUGUGGAGUUCUGGCUAAAGAAUUUGCCCAAGGGUCAUUUUCUCCAGGCCAACAUUCAGUUCGCCACGGCAAACACCCUUUUUGUUCAGGAUCUGGUGGCCAUGGUGUAUGCAGACAAUUUUAAGGUACACCUGCGGCAUAUGAAUCUUUGCCAAAAGCUUAUCAAGGAUAAUUUGGCAUGCAGAUGUGAGCGAGCGAGGCAAAUGAUUAUGGAUUUCUUCGGGCAAAAGUUAAUUAACGAGAAAGCGGCGGAAGCAAAAGGGGAGGCAAAGGAACACAUGCUUGAGGUAAACAAUGAGAACAAGGAGAACUUGGAGCCUACACAGGAAAUCACACUUAAGAAGGUGAAUGAGGAUAUUAAGAAACUGGAAUCUUCCCAGGUUCUUCCCCCCAGAUGCCAGCGCCUUAUGCAGAUAGCACGCGAGGUGACUCAGAAAAACCAGCAGCAGGAGGAUCUGGAAGCCAAGUCGAAUGUAAGUCAGAAAUCAAACACUAAUAUUGAAAGCUCUUCACAAUCCAACGAAGACGGCAUGUCUCAGCUUUACGAGUGUAUAAAGAAUUGCGCUAUGUUCCAACUGGAGGACGCCAAGCAACCCAAAAAGGAUCCUGAUCAGAUUGGCAUUGAUCCCAUCGAAUUUUUUAGCCAAGUAAUGAACGAAGGGAGCCAUCAGUGUGAUCCUCAUACCAAUCUCAAACCGAAGAAGAAGAGGAUCAAGGCAAGGAGUGCUGUGCCACCAGUACCAACUAAAACCUACAAGGAGGAGAUACCAUUGCAAACACAUCCCAAUGUGGUGCGACCGAAUGUGACCUACUAUCAGAACAUAGCUACCUUAGAGCUGCAGGUGUGCCUGCCGGAAGACGAUCACGAGUACAAGGCUUUGCUGCUGGGGUCGCAGAUCUUCUUUAAGGCUACCUCAAAGCUUUCGGACCUGGUUCAUCAGUUUAUCUUGACCCUGAAAUUUGCGUAUACUACAUUGCGGCACCACAUGGUGGGACGCACCGUGUACAUCAGUGUCGUUAAGUCGUUGGCCUUCAUUGAUCCACUGGACUUUGGCGAUUAUCGAUUCAUGAAGCCCAACCACGAAAUGUUUUCUAAAAUGGAGAGCUCCCAUAAUAAUAGCUUUAAACGACUCUUGGCCAAUCGAGGAUAUGUGCAGCAAAAUGUCGACCCUCAGGACAGCAGCGAUAGCAGCGAGGACGAGGAGCAGGAUCUGGACGGGAUCGAACGUGUGGACCAUGGCCACAUAUUAGACUGA